AGCUCAGCGGGAGGGAGCGGAUGUGGAGCCGGUCUUCCUCCGGCUGCUGGCCGGGGUUAGUGACCCAGAACGGUACUGAGCCGGUUCUGGUCCCAGAUCAGUUUUCAUCUGCAACUCCGAUACCGUCAGUUUGAAAUAAAAACAUCUCAACCCUCGACGGGCUCCAUUAAAAAAAACAGCUAAUUUAACGUCGCCUUGUUCGCAUGAUGAUAUUGACGCUGUGGGAUGUGACUGAAGAAAGACGAGGCCCCUUUUUAAAAAGUUGAUUGUUAUUUCAUGUUGACAUUAUGCCGAAUUAAAGAGAAGACUAUAAGAUAUUUGGAGGAAUGUCCGCUCUUGUUGUCUACGUUCGUAUUAGCUGGAAGAUGUCUGAAGAGAAACCACAUGAGGGGGAGCAGCCCCAGUCCACCCUGUCCCAGGCCCAGUCAACCCAGUCCACCCUGUCCCAGGCCCAGUCAACCCAGUCUCCGUCCCAGCCCCAGUCCACUCAGUCUCCGUCUCAGGCCCAGUCCACCCAGUCUAAGUCCCAGACUGGUUCCAGUUCUUCCAGCGGGCCGACGUCUUCCAGCGGCUCGGGGACGCUGAGCAGCGUGGACACCAUCCCCGUCACGCUGCCGUCCGUCCCCGAGGAGCCCGAACCUCAACCCUGGGGCCGCCUGCUGCCGAUGGCCCAGGGCUUCAGGAGCCUCGACUGUCUGGAGGACCAGUACCUGUUCGGCCGCGGCUCCAAGUGUAACUACGUUCUGGACGAUCCCGAUGAAAAAGGAUCCAAAAAGUUCAGAAUCUACAGCAAGAAACACUUCAGGAUCUACAGAGAGGGCAGCGAGGUCUUCGUGGAGGACUCCAGUAACAACGGGACCUUUGUGGAUGGCGUCCUGGUCGGUAAAGACAGGAAGCUCCCUCUGACCAACAACGCCGUGCUCGCUCUGGCUGAACAACGCAACAGAGUGUUUGUCUUCAUCGACCUGAUGUCAGCUGAUCAGUCCAGUUUACCCAGAGAGCUUCAGGAGAAAUAUGUUCUGACUCGACGCAUCGGCACAGGAGUAUGUGGAGAAGUUAAACUGGCCUUUGAGAGAUCGUCGUGCAGGAAGUUCGCUGUUAAAAUAAUCAACAAGAAGAACUUUCAGUCUGAAGGGACAGCGACGAGAAACGCACAGACUGAAAUCGAGAUUCUGCAGAGAGUCGACCAUCCGUGUCUAAUCAAAACGGAGGACUUCUAUCAGACGGAGGACUGUUAUUAUAUUGUGUUGGAGCUGAUGGAGGGAGGGGAGUUGUUCCACAGAGUUAAGUCACAGCAGCAGCUCGACGAGUCUGUAGCCAAACUCUAUUUCUAUCAGAUGCUGAGAGCAGUCAAGUACCUCCACAAUAAAGGGAUCAUCCACAGAGACUUGAAACCAGAGAACAUCCUGCUGUCCUCGCAGGACAACGAGUGUCUCAUCAAGGUGACAGACUUCAACCAGUCCCGGAUCCUGGAUGAGUCCCUGCUGAUGAGGAGUCUGUGUGGGACGCCGUCCUACCUCGCUCCUGAAGUCUUCACGUCCACGUCGGGAUACGGGCUGGCCGUGGACGCGUGGAGCCUUGGAGUCCUGCUCUUCGUCUGUCUGGGUGGUUAUCCUCCGUUCCAUGAAAACUUCAGCCGCCAGUCGAUCACGGAGCAGAUCAUCCGCGGAGAGUUCACCAUGGUGCCGUCCAAGUGGAGACACAUCUCUGACCCAGCGAAGGAUGUGGUGAGGAAGCUGCUGGUUGUAGAUCCCAGUAAGAGAAUGACUAUAGAGGAAGCCCUGCAGCAUCCCUGGCUCCAGGAUGAUGUCAUGAUGAAGACAGCUCACAGACUUAUGUUCCCCUCCGACACUGACGCUGCUGCUGCCAUGCAGGAGGAGGCGGAGUCAGCCUCCAGGAAGAAACGAGGACGCGGUGAAGGAGAAGAAGAAGAGGAGGAGGAACCUCUGGCCAAACGCAGCCAAGCCCCGCCCCCUGCCCCGGAGUAGACCAAUCACAUUCCACAUGUUCACUACUGAAACGCUGUAAAUAAAGUUUUACAUUGAUUACUAAUAAAGCCUUUUAUGUUUUCCACU